AUGCCUCCAAAAAUUAUUGAUAAAGUUGAUUUUUCUUUUAAAAUUGAUGAAUCAAUUAUAAGUCAAGAUGAAGCAGAAGCCAUGUAUAAUCAAAUGCGUCAAAUUACGAAAGAUUUUCGUACUCAAACAAUGAAAUUAAAUGAUCGCUCCGACUCUAAUACGCUCGCUGGGCAAGGAUUUCUUGCUCCAGCAAUAAUUAAUGAUGCAAAUAUUCGAUUAACUGAAGAAGAACAUCAAUUAUUAAAAUUGGGACCCAAAUUUAUAUUGAAUGACCCAAAAACAGUAACUCGACGACGUAGAACUCAGUUGGCUACUUUGAAACGAAAAAUAGAAAAAUGUUUUCUUCAUAAGAAAGUGCACCCCGGUCGUCCACUUCAACAAUUUAUGGCUGAAUUAGAUGUUCUUCUUCAAACAUUGCAUACUAUUUCAACGGUAAGCAAAAAUUUAAAUAAGGAUAAAAUAGUUGCAAGUCAAACCGAUAAAAAUGAUAUUAUUGAAUUAAUAAAUAGUCAAGCAAGUCAAUCACAAGUUCUUAAUGUGGUAAAAGUGAAGAAAAAGAAGAAUUAUGGUCGCUUAGUUAAAAGAUUAAAACAUAAAUUUAAAUUGGCCAAUGUUAUAUUACAAAAAUCAGAUAAAUCAAAAGUAUUCCAUUUAGGUAAAGACAAAGAUUAUCGUAAGAAAUCAGAGCAAUAUAUGGACAAAACUCAAGCAUAUAAAUGUCUUGGGAAAGAAGAUCCAUUACCUGAAUUAAUUCAAAGAACAAAUAAAUAUUUGCUAGAUCUACGAUUAGCUAAAUGGAUUACUCAAAAACAUUAUGAAUUAUUAAAUAUUAAACCAAAUGAAGUUGAAUUGGCUCAUUUAUAUUAUUUACCAAAAGCCCGCAAACCUGGUACUCCUCUACGCCCAAUUAUAAGUGGUCUCAAACAUCCUACAAUUAAAAUUUCAAAAUUUCUGGAUGAUUUAUUAAGACCAUUAUUUGACAAAAUGGCCCAAGAGACGACAGUUACUUCGGGCUUUGAAUUGGUCAAGACAUUACAAAAGUGGUCAAUUCUGAAUAUGAAUGGAAAUACUAUAUUUUGUACUAUUGAUGUAGUAGAUUUAUAUACAAUGAUUCCGCAAUUAAAUUCAAAUAUUAACUCUUUUGCGACUUUUCUUGAUUUAUAUAUGGAGAAUCGUGAUGGUGUAUUAUUUACUACUGUUUAUCAAAAGCCGUCUUAUGAACCAUAUUAUUUGCCAUUUAAUAGUAUUCAUCCAUUACAUAUGAAGAAGAAUAUACCGUUUACGAUGUUACUUCGAGUAAUUAGGUAUUGUUCUACAUUUCAAACAUAUUUGGAUGAACGUGAAAAAUUACGUAUGACUUUAUUACUUAAUAAGUAUCCGAAUAAAUUAAUUGAAGAACAGUUUAAUAAUGUUCUUUUGAAAUGUAAUAUUGAUCAGCCAUUAAUAAAUUCCAAUUAUGAUAAAUAUCGUCAAAAAGUCAUCGAUUCACCCAUGAAACAAAAAGCUACGAUUGACUAUGAAGCAGUUAUGUUUAUACAUUUUACAUACUGUUCUACCAUGAAAACUUUUCCUGCUAAAUUUCAUUUACUUUGGCAUAAGUACUUUCAGGAAUCUCCGAUUAACGAAGUUAGACCUAUUCUUGGUACUCGAAAUUUUCAUGAAGCUACAACAACGGCACCGAUAACAACAACAGUAACUACGAAUGCUACAACAGAUGCAUUACCACAGCGUGAAAUAUUUGCCCGUAGAAAUACUACUCAACCAUUUACUGUUAAUGAAAAUUAUCAAAAUCAACGGGUACAACAGCAACAAGGAAAUCAACGACAACGUAAAACUACGUCUUCAUUUAGGCGUCGACAACGUCGUAAUAAUCGAUUUGCUGUAUUAGCUGAUGAAAAUGAAAAUGAUAAUAUAUCUGACGUAGAAGUAGAAAUGAAUGAUGAAUCGAUGCCGUUAAAUGCUAAUAAGAAACAAAGGACAGAUAAAAAUAAGACAUUUGGUGGUUAUUAA